CUCAAGUUUAUUGAUUUAUGAAUGUUUGCAAAUAUUUGAAUUGAUUUCAUUGAUUUCAUUUGGCAUUUCAGCAAACCAACCAAGUUUCAACCAACGGCCACAAUUAUAAUUUAUUUAUUUAUUUAUUACCUACCUAUAAUUUAUUUACCAAUUUUUAUGAGUUAUUUGAGUCGAACCAUUUUAUAUUUUUAUAUGAAAAUCGGAAUCUCACAUACAUUUAAUAUAUUCAGUCACGCUUUAUUUAUGUUACUAAGCAACUGUUUGAUCGGUAUUGAAGAAAUUUUAAAUAUACGUAAUGAAAGGCAGAACAUUCUGAAGGACAGUGCAAAAGCAAUCCUAUAAGGGGUACUAUUAUAUUAUUAAUUAAUAAGACUUAAUAAAUAAGAAAAAGCUGAAUAAACAAUAAAAACUUCAGAAAUAAGUAUAAUAUGGCUUUCAAUCGCGGAAAUAUUAGAAAAAUCGCAUUUCGUACAAGGGGCAGAUCUGCGCAAUCACUAGAUGUAAGCGGUCCGAAGGUGGAUCACGGAUCUUGCGGAGAGGGACGUUUGUUUUUACAAAUCAAACCUGCUAUAGCUGACCCGAGACAGGCAUUAGCACAAAGAUCGCACACUUCGCUCUCAGGAAACGAUUUUAUUAGAGAGGAGACCAAGGAUGAUCCCAUUAAUAUUCAAGCAGUGGGGGAAGGGAAAGUGCAACUCUCGCGGACGCCUCAAGAAAAAGAUCGACUUCCUGACAGGAUAAGCCUUGACAGGCGCGGACUCUCCUCCAUCCCACACAUCGUCGGCGAACCAGGCUUACGUCUCUUAUCUCUACAGCACAAUCUUAUAAACAGUCUAACGGGACUAACACCACUUGACCUCGGGAAACUGGUGUUCUUAGACGUCUACGACAAUCAGAUCGACAAAAUAACAGCUCUGGAUAGAUUGUUUAGUCUGAGGGUACUUCUGAUGGGAAAGAACAGAAUCAAAAGAAUUGAAGGUCUUUCGAAUUUAAUAAAAUUAAAAGUAUUAGAUUUACACGGUAAUCGAAUUGGGAAAGUAUGUGGUCUUUCUAAUUUGGUCGAACUUAAAGUUCUUAAUCUUGCCGGGAAUCAAAUUAAGGGUAUCGGCAUUACCGAUCUACAAGGUCUAGCUUCGUUGAGAGAGUUAAAUUUGAAACGAAACCGCUUAAGGAAGCUACAAGGUUUCCAGAACACGCCGAAAUUGCAAAAACUUUACCUGGGCAACAAUGACUUGCAGAGCGUCGAAGACAUGUCAACGCUGAGUGAAGCCACUUCGCUUAUAGACAUUUCUUUAGAUGGGAAUCCCGUGGCUCUAGGAGGAGAUUGCACUCCAUUCCUUGUUUCUUAUCUUCCGAAUUUGUUGACUUUGACUAAUAUGCAUAUCACUGAACAGGUGAGGAGGGCUGCAAUGGCGUGGCGGAAUAACAAGGAAGCAGCCCAUGCCGCUUAUUGUGCCCUCGGUGGAAAUGCCCAACAAGAAGCAAGACGCGACCAAAUAAUUAACAACGCUCGCACUAAUUGGGAAUUACUAAGAUCAGAAAACAAAUGUUUCGUUAAUGUAAUGAGUCCAAUGAAAAAUUUGGACUUGGAAAAGGAAUUCGGCCUUGAAGCCACCGCUGAGAUAUCGCAAAGUUGCAACCAAACCAUGGAUGUAGCGGGCCUGCCUGAUGUUGUAGUACCUCUACAACAACUAGAAACUGAGGAUUCGGAUUGCAAAAACAAUAACAGCGAUACAAACGUCAAAGUAGUUGCCGAAGCGCCUAAGCCAUCUCCUAUUAGAAAACUUCAGAGGAGCUCCACAGUUCGGAAACCAUCAGAGAGACGUGUCAAUUUUUCUGAUAGAAGUGCCUCUCAGGACACUGACGCCUCGCAUUCAACUUCCACGAGCAGUGACUUAAGAUUGCCACCUAUUUUGCUACCUAUCAUCUCGUCUCUGGAAAACGUAAAGUUAACAGACAGUACUGAUCAUGUUCUGAAGCGAUGGGAGAGUAUUUCUAGCGUAGAACCAGUCAUAGAUUCUUCAUUUAGUUCGUUUCCUUCUUCGUCGAGCGACAGCGAAGAAGAAAAUAGCAAAAGACCGAUUCGUCGUAUGCCGACAGCGCUGAGGCGCCGCGAAAAGUUUAGCACGAUGCGUUCCAGGUCUGUUUGUGACCCGGAAAGUCGAAGAGUAAAGGGUAAGAAUUCUGAAAACAGUGAAAUCGCGAGUAACUUAUCAAGCAGCACGAAUAUAGCUUCUUCAACGUCGGGAAGCGAUCAUAAUUCGAAGGUUUUGAGACGUGACGGCUCUCUCAACAGUAAACUAACCAAUAGAAAUAUUCGAAGCGCGACAAUCUCACGACGAAACGAAAGAGCCUCUUCAGCGAGCAGAGCUUCGACAGCAAGAGUCAAGUCUGGUAAAAGCCUAUCUAGUUUCAAGACUUCGGAACCGGUACCAAAAGCUAUAAUACCAAUGUCAAAAGAUAGGGAACAAGGUGUUGAUUAUUUAGUCGAAGUCUGUAACGGCUUGGUGAGUGCGUGGGGCGCCGGAGCAGUACGUCGGUUAGCGAGAGAUUGGGAAUGGGAAAAAGCUCGCACAGUUACCAAAGCUGCCUUUCAUUACGUUCAUUUCAACGCCGUCGCUCAAUCUCUGCCCGAAUUGAAAAGCAAAUUCCCGAACGUGACACACAUAUCAGUGCGGGCGACGGGCUUACAAUGGUUGGGCCAGCUACACGCUCUAGCGGAAUUAAGAGGUAUCACUGGCCUAGCGGUUUUGCCAGAAGGUAAUCCUAUACACGCAAAGAUCUGGCGUGAAUAUUCCGUUUACAGACUUGCUCAUUGGGGCUUGAAGGAAAUCAAUGAUGAGCUGGUAACUGACGACGAAAUAAAAUCAGCGAAUCGAACGUAUAAUGGUUUAAGUGACCUGGUUCUUCGCGCGCUGCCGGAUGCUCCACUCCAACCACUUUUGUCUAGGUUAGGAAGGAGUGGCCACAGCAACAUCAGUGCAAAAGCCUGGUUAAGGGCCGCCGACCCUGCGCUGAGAGAUGUCAUCGCUAAAGAGGCCUUACAGUUCAAGAAGGGGCAAGUUUCGCAAGAGGAUAUGAGUUGGCGCGGCAGGGGGCGCGACCAGUUAUGUCACGCUAUUGAUCUGGCCUGUGGCGCGGCGCAACGACUCCGGACGCUCGAGUUACAAUGGCCGAUGAUUCUUGUUGAAAUGAUUGAGGACAUCCUGCGUGACUUCAGCCAAAUGGAUACGCACGUUAAAGAGCAAAUGAAGAUGUUGAUGGACACUUUGUAGUUAUAAGAUUAUGUAUCACUAGCCAACCGCCCUCGCGUCGCUUCGGAAACUGUAAUUUGUUAUUGAUUUCUCCACUAUUUAAUGGAUGUUAUUGUACAUAUAAACCUUCCUCUUCAAUCACUCUAUCUAUUAAAAAAAACCGCGUCAAAAUCCGUUACGUAGUUUUCAAAAUUUAAGCAUACAUAGGGACAGACAGAUAUAGGGACAGAGAAAGCGACUUUGUUUUAUACUAAGUAUGUAGUGAUUUGCACUAUGAUAAUAGUAGCUUGUAGCAAACCGACCGAUACGUCACUCUCGCGGCCGUAUGCCCGCUCGCUAUACAUAGUUAGCAUCUAUGUCGAUCUUUUCAACAGUGUAUAAUCUAUGUUCCGGGCGCUUCCGUUUUGAGUGUGAAUAGCGUGCGCCCGCGUCUAAAUGUAAUUAUUGUUUAAAAUUGAAAAUUGUUUGUGAUAAAGGAAGAUUAAAAUUCGAAAUUCGAUAUUGGUGACUAA